AACGGAGGAGAGGAGGAGCUGCUACUUGCGGAGCCCCUCCUAUAUCGAUGAAAUGAAGGUGGGAGAGGAGGAGGAGGAGGAGGAGGAGGAGAUGAGCUCAGACUGCAGCAGCGGGUGCCAGUCUGGUUGGACCACGUACCUUGAACAGUCCUCCGAGUUCUGCAAAACUGUCGUCGAUGAGAAAGGUGGAUCCUAUGAACACGAGGAAGAGGAGGAGGAGGACCUGUCCAUGGUCUCUGAUGCAUCCUCUGGCCCGCCACAACUCCGUUUAGAGGAUGAGCAUCAUAGCCGCUGCUGCCGGAAAUCCAACAUCGGCUCUUGGGACACUGGCUGCCAUGGCUCUGCCUUCGCUCCACCUGCUGCGAUGGCCAAAGACGGUUUCAAGAAGAGGAGGAUUGGAGAUCCUUCCUCUGCUUUGGUUGAUACUGCCACCUCUCCUCUCUUCAGCUUUUCCAAGCAGACAAGCUUCAACAAGGAAGACAACUUCAUGAAGCCAUUUACGGAGCAUGUUUUGGACUUCCCUUGUAGCUUCUCCUAUGUCCAUGUCGAGGAGAAGUCUGCUUUGCAAAACCCAAUGAACUGCCUUCAAUCCUUUACUCUUUUCAAGCCAACCCCAGUAAGACCAAUGUCCAGCAAAGGAGGGAAGAAAAUAUGGUGAUAGUUUUGAGAUCCCUGUUCUUCAAAAGAAGAAGAAGGAAGAAGGAAGAAGAAAGUAGAAGCAGCAGCAAGAAGAUGUGUAGAUGUCAAAUGGAUCUUUCCUUUGGCCUUGUUUUGUUUAUUUUAUUGGUCUCCAAUGUCAUUAUUUUCCUUUUUGGCUUGUCACUGCAGCAGGGAACAACCUGAGCAAAAGAGAAAAAAUCAUUUGUCUUCUGUUCUCCCUUUUGUAUUAUUUCUUUUGUCAUGAAUGGGGAUAACAAAAUGGGGCUUGUGGCUUCUGUUCA